AUGUACUUGCGCCUGGUGAUUGUAAGACAAUCAACUUCACCUUCAAAGGUCCUCAUGAGACCUGAUACAUUUGCACUUUUACAAACUUCAAACACCUUUCGAGAUCCACAGACAUAUAUUUCUCUGAGUGCACCUUACUUGUAUUUCCAAAAGUGUGAAGAAAUCUGCUCGCAUCUAGCAAAAUUCCGUACACCUUUUCCAAGACCAUCCAAAUCUCAAAAUAUCAUCAUCAGUCCUUUUCGCGCUCCCUCCGAGAAAACAGCCACCGAGAAGAACAGAAUCAUCGACGAAAAGGUCGAAAUGUCAGCGGUGGGAAGGCAAACGACGCCGCCCGCGGAAGAAUUGCGUGCUUACAAUAAGCGAAAUGCAGCAAAUCCAUACCUAAUUUACAAGAGGGAACGUUGUCCAGACGCCAAGUUUUGCCGCUCGUCCCAUGUCAUAUGGAACAGGGGAAAGGAUGAUGACGUAGAUGACAAACUUGAUGCAAUUGUGAUUGCUGGCCCUGAUCUCGUCCCCCACGAUGGACGUGAACAAAAAACUACCACUAAGAGACGGCCCGGCAAGUAUACCUGGCACACAUAUUUUGUUAGAUAUCAGGAAUAUGGAAAGAAUAAGACUGAAAUUCACGAGUUACAUGUGGCUGAGGUGGACCUGAUUGCGAGAAAGCAUCGCAAUAGACGUCUAGAUUGA